CACGUUUGUUUUCCUAUGGAGGACAAUCACGGCAUUUCGGAGCGAAGCAUUUGCGUGCUACAUCUGAGCCCUCAUUUCGUGGUGGUGGACAAACCGGCGGACGUGGUCAUCAACACCCAGCGGCCCGACGAGCACCCGGUGACCGUGGAGACGCUCCUCAAGCGACUUCAUCCCGAACUGGUCGACACGGGAGUGCACCACAGCUUUCGGUUCUGCCACCGGCUGGACUUCUCCACCAGCGGAGUCCUCUGCCUGGCGCUGCACAAACAGUCCGCGCGCUCAGCGCAACGGGCCUUUCACCAGCGGCUGGCUAAGAAGUACUACGUCGCCAUCCUGGAGGGCCACGUCCGCGACGACCACGUUCUCGUGGACAGCCCGAUCGGCGAGGACAAACGGCCGCAGCACUCGCACAAGAUGUGCACGGCCGACAAAGACUACUGCGUGAGUCCGAAGGACGCCCAGACGCGACUCCUGGUGCUGUGGCGUGGGUUGCUCAAGGGCAGGCCGGCGACGAAGGUGCUGCUCAGACCGGUCACUGGCCGUCGGCACCAGUUGAGGGUGCACUGCGCCUCCCUGGGACACACGAUAGUCGGGGACUUUACGUACGGGGAGGACGCGAGCUCCCGACGAAUGUUCCUGCACGCGUGUCGCUUGGUGCUACCCACCGAAGUGGAGACGCUCGAUGUGGAGACGCCGGACCCCUUCGCGGCAGACUUCGAUGCUGGGUCGGACUACGGGCAGACGGUGCCUACAGCGUCCUUGUUUGAGGAGCUCGAACGCGAAGACUGCUGGACUAAGUCGGCGUUUGUUUUAGGGUUGAAUGACACAGCCCCAAAAGGGGUAAACUGAGCACGUGCUCAGUUUAGAGUUUACUCCUUUUGGAGCUCUGUUAUGAAACCGUUAAAGUUUUUUUUUUUUUUUAUGUUACAAGAAGUAUGGUUGUUACCUCCUCUCCACUUGGUUACACGUGCCUCCCCCAUUUUGGUACAAUGGUGUUUUGUUUGGCAAAAAGAAGAGAUGUUAUUUGGUCGCUUUAAACCGAUUAUACGGGGUCUUUCGGGCUGGUGAGAAAUUUCCCAGAAUCUUGCACCCUAAAAGUGGCCGGGAGCGACUGAAUGUGUCACUUUUCCUCUGCAAAAACAACGAAAGGUGUUCACGGUAAAAAGCGGACAUCCGGAGGCGAUCGUGCUGUCGAGGCAGUAUGGAAAUGGAUCACAUUAAACUGGGUUCUUUCAAAACGGGCCGCUUUUUUUACCAUGGGAAAUGACUAGCGCGCCGACGUGCUGUUUUCAUCACACCGAUACUUUCCUCAAACCGGAACUGUCAAGGAGGUGUCCGUGCAUGGCUUUGAUCAAGGCGUGCGAGCGUACGGGAACCACGAUCCACCUUCGCGUCUUGAGUCGUAGAAACCAGUGCGGGUCCAUACGGGCCCCA